CUCACAUUACUAGCCAAGAUGGCUGUGGACAGAAAAGUGUGAUGUGUGUCAGUUGUAACCCAAGCUAAUUUAACAAAUUAUCCACAAGUCUUGUUUUUCAUUGUUCACAAGAUUCUGUAUAAGAAAGCAACAUUUUUCUCGCUUCAACGCAAACCACAACCGUGGUGUCAGAAUGAGCAAUAUUUACAUUCAAGAGCCGCCAACGAAUGGGAAGGUCCUGUUGAAGACCACGGCAGGCGAUAUUGACAUUGAGUUGUGGUCCAAGGAGGCUCCCAAAGCAUGCAGGAACUUUGUGCAACUCUGCAUGGAAGGCUACUAUGAUGGCACCAUAUUCCACAGAGUGGUGCAGGAAUUCAUUGUUCAAGGUGGCGAUCCCACAGGAACAGGGACCGGUGGCGAAUCCAUCUACGGUCGGCCAUUCAAGGAUGAAUUUCACUCCAGAUUGCGUUUCAUUCGAAGAGGUUUGGUUGCCAUGGCAAAUGCUGGACCACAUGAUAAUGGCAGUCAGUUUUUCUUCACCUUGGCACGUGCAGACGAGCUCAACAAUAAACACACCAUAUUCGGCAAGGUCACAGGAGAUACGGUUUAUAAUUUGCUCAGAUUAACAGAAGUUGAAUGUGACCACGAGGAAAGACCUCUAAAUCCCCACAAAAUAAAAACAGCCGAGGUGCUUCAUUCUCCUUUUGAUGACAUUGUACCUCGUGAAACUAAAAAAGGAAAAAAGGAUAAAGACAAAGAGGAGGGAAAGAAAUCACAGUCCAAAGCCACAAAGAACUUCAGUCUGUUGUCAUUUGGAGAGGAAGCUGAAGAGGAAGAGGAGAUGGUGAAUCAAGUCAGCCAGACAUUAAAGGGAAAAAGCAAAAGCAGCCAUGACCUUCUGAAAGAUGAUCCAAGGCUGAGCUCUGUUCCAGCAGUUGAUAAGAAGAAAAAGAAAGGGACACCUGGAGAUCCAGCUGAGAAGGACGACGAGGAGGUCGACGGUGAUGCCGAAGAAGACAUGGACGCAGAUGAAGAGUAUGACCCGGACAGGAAGGAGAAGAUGAGGGAACUCGUCAGUCAAAAGCUAAAGAAAGGAAAAGGCACAGAAAACGCGACCGAGCCAGGCGAAGAGGAGCGAGGGAAAAAGACCAGCCGCAGUGACGAAUUACGGAAAGAGGCGCGGCAGUUGAAGAAGGAACUGCAGGCCAUAAAGCAAAGGAAAGAAGAAAGUUUCAAACCUCCGGUAGAGGAAGUCAAGGAGGAGGAGAUAAAGCCAGCCAAUGAGGCGGUGGCCGAGUACCUGGAGGGAAGAAGGAAGUACGAAGAGCUCAAGAAAGAAAAACUAAAGAAGGGCUCAAACAGAGAGGCACAGACACUGGCCCUCCUCAAUCGCUUCAAGGACAAGCUGUCGUCGGCAACCACUGAAGCGCCGGAAGAUGACGUGGAGGAGCUGGCAGAAGACGACGACAAAGGAUGGAUGGGCCAUGUUCUGCAGUUUGAUGAGCAAACCAGAAAAGUCAAGGAUGCCAACAUGCAGGACGAGGACACGUUUGAGAUCUACGACCCGCGGAACCCCGUCAACAAGCGCAGGAGAGAGGAGAGCAUGAAGAUCAUGAAGGAGAAGAAGGCCAAGAGGUGAGGUCGUGAGGUCGGAGGUCGGAGGUCGGCUCCUUUCCCAAGCCAUGUGAAUUGCAGGACUGGUCGCACGACACCCUGCCUGUCCGCUUCUCCACCACUUCAAACCACGCUUAUGUCGAACAGUCUCCGGGCCCGAAACAUCUGGAUUGAGGAUACUGACCCGAGCGCAUACCAUCCCUGUAAUCUGUGAUGGAGAGGCUUCUUCACCUGGAACAGCUGCAUCCGGACAACAUCCAGUCACUCGUCAGGAGUAAGACUGCAGUCGCAGAGAUGAUUAAGGUUGUGACCGCAUUACGUGUCGUUUUGUCAAUGCGAUUCUUCUUCUGUUGAUGCCAUCCAGAGCUUAAAUGUGUGCAUUCGACUUUGCCAGUGAAAAAUAAAUAUCAUUUUUUAACGAGA